CACUUAGCAGUCAGAUGCUCUGUCCUUUUCAUGUCAGCCUGAGACGAAACAUCACAGAAGUUGAAGGCUGCGGGAAACUGUCUUGACAGCUGACUUUUAACACCACCCCCCUGCUACUGCCACUUGCUCCCAUCUGCUUUUAUAGAUAUGUCACAUGCCUGGAUCUUAUUGUUUCUCCUCCUGUCGGGGGGGAAGGCAUUCAUGAUCCACAACACCCAGCACAGCCUGUGUCUGGAGGACUCAGUGGAUACAGGUGAAGUCCUUCUCAGGAAGUGCAACCUGGACUCAGAGUUUCAGCAGUGGAUCUGGAUCAACAUGGGCAUGCUGAUGUGUGUGGCAUCAUCCAGGUGUUUGUCAGCCCAACAUGAAAAACCGGUCCAGACCCAGUCUUGCCAGGUGGAGGAUGUGGAUGUUAUAGGGUUAAUGUGGGACUGCGAUAGGGACAGACUCAUCAGCAGAAACACGUCCAUGCUAUUGUCAGUCAGUGGCCAGCAUCUGAUUCUAACACAACACAGCCAACAGUCAAAGUGGAGAUCUCUGGAUGAGGGGGACAUCUGCCAUGAAAGACUCAGACUCAGGAGGGCAUCAGAGGAUUCAGUCCAAGCUGAGGAUGGAGAAGAGCAAACAGAAGAGCUGGCAGGCAUGACGGAGGAGCAGAAAGAGUAUCUCCGCUGGUACUACCGCACAGAGGACCCAACUAUAUGGAAGUUUGUGCUGCUGGGAUUGGCCUUUGUUUGCCUUCUAAUUGGUUUUCUGCUGCUGGGAAUGGGAGCCAUGGCCAACAAGAGCAGAAAGAAGAUUGCUAAGUACAAGGCAGCAGCAUCUCUGGCUCAGAGAAGUGAAGGUGAAGAGCUGCGAGUCAUUUCAUCAAUCACAGACAACAGUGUAUCUCCACAGUCCUCAGUGUCCAACAGGGACACAAAUGAGCUCAAAGCAGGAGACAUUGUGGUCACAUGGAAAGAUGGCAACACCUCUUGCCUGUACUCUGAUACUCCUGCAGAGAAGGAGGACCAGGAGGAGGACCUGAAGGAGAAACAAGAGGAGGUGUCAGCUGCUGAGCUGGAGGCUCAUGAUGAAGUGAAGAUGACAGAAUGAAGAGUAAUGUAAUAGUGACCUCAGCUCUUACCCCAGAGUAUGAUGCUCCUCUUGAGAUGUUUGUAAAAACCUCAACUUUAGUGAGCUGGAAAGUUAGACUACAUGACAUACAAAUCAUAAAACAGAUCACUAAACAAAACUCUCUCAGAAAAAAUUUGUUGGAUCUUGAUCACCCUCUGAUGUGAUCUAAUAUCGACUUGUUUUUGAUUGAGUUUCUAUCAUUUACAAUCAAAAAAUAAAUUAUUAUCUAAAAAAAAAAAAAAA